AUCCUGUACCAAUCCACCGAGAAGAGGUAAUCGCGAUGAACAGCGAGGAAGAGAUGAUCGCUUCGCUUUGCGUGCACGGCGUAGCCUGGCACUAUAUAAAGCCCCGGCUGCCAGGCCACUUCUUCCCCAGAGAGACGCCUCAACCCCACCCCCAAGAACACCAAGCCACAAGCCACAUCCCAUCCCACUCCACGGUGAGGUUGAGCGAUCCGAGCAAACUCAUCCGCGACGCAGCGACAGGUUUGUUCUCUGAACUCUCUGGUUCUUUUUAGCAGCAGGGACGGACGCACAAGAAAGGUCCGGUUCAAGAAGGCUCUUCUUUUGGGUUUAUUAGAUCAAAAGAGGCGUGUUCUUGGGUUAGGAUUUUUCUCACCUAAUCAGCUCUCCUAGGAGGAACAGAGAUCCAGAGAACCUUUUUUUCUCUUCUGGAUUCUUGCCGCUUUUUAGCCUUCGAAAGGGUUCUUUUGCAAUACCCUUCUAGUUCAUCCUUUUUUUUUCUUUUCACAACCCGAUUAAACCCCCUUGUUUCUCUACUUUUAUUGAGGAGCAGGGUUAAUUUCCAACCUUUUUCUACUUUGGUUCUUGCAUCAGAAUCACCUUUUAUUUCUUCCUGUUUUUAGUUCUCCCCGGACUUUUCUUCUUCUUCAUUUAGUUCCAUCCAAGCUUCUAUCUAGUCCUAAUGGCCGCAGCUAUAGAUAUGUACAAGUACACACACCAGAUAGCCUCCUCCACCUCUGGUUCGGAUCAGGAGCUCAUGAAUGCACUCGAGCCUUUUAUACGGAGUGCUUCCUCCUCUUCGUCUUCCUCCCCCUACCACUACUACUCUUCCUCUUCUCCCAUGACCCAAGAUUCUUAUGUGCCUACACCCUCUUACACCUCCCUCGCAACCCCGCCUCUUCCCGCCACCGCCGCCGCGUCUUUCUCGCCGCUUCCACCACUGUACUCUUCUCCGUACGCUGCUUCGGCGGCGUCGAGCAUGACUGGGCCGAAGUUGCUGACGCAACUCGGCCCGGCCCAGAUCCAGCAGAUCCAGGCCCAGUUCUUGGUACAGCAGCAUCAGCAGCAGAGGGGCCUGCAUGCGGCGUUCCUAGGCCCUCAGGCACAGCCGAUGAAGCGAUCCGGGUCGCCGCCGUGCGGCGCGCUGGCGGCGACCGGGGCGGCGCAGUCGAAGCUGUACCGCGGCGUGCGGCAGCGGCACUGGGGCAAGUGGGUGGCGGAGAUCCGCCUCCCCAAGAACCGGACGCGGCUGUGGCUCGGCACCUUCGACAUCGCCGAGGACGCGGCGCUCGCCUACGACAAGGCGGCGUUCCGCCUCCGCGGCGACCUGGCGCGCCUCAACUUCCCCUCCCUCCGCCGCGGCGGCGCGCACCUCGCUGGCCCGCUCCACGCCUCCCUUGACGCCAAGCUUACCGCCAUCUGCCAGUCCCUCGCCGGCAAGAACAGCUCCCCCGCCUCCGAGUCGGCAGCGUCCCCGCCGGACUCGCCCAAGUGCUCGGCGUCGACGGAGGGGGAGGAGUCGGUCUCCGCCGGCUCCCCACCUUCUCCCACGUUCGCGCCGCCCGUGCCGGAGAUGGAGAAGCUGGACUUCACCGAGACGCCGUGGGACGAGACAGAGGCCUUCCACUUGCGCAAGUACCCGUCCUGGGAGAUCGACUGGGACUCCAUCCUUUCAUGAACAAUCAUGUCAACUACUACUAGUUGUAGCAAGAUUCAGUCAGCUCAAUAGCUAUGUAAUUUUCCUUCAGAAUUUGCAGCUGCAGUGGUUCGAUGGCAUUUUAGACAUGGGCCAUGGCGGCUGCGAGUAGCAGUAACUAGCUAGUACCUCGUGCAGUGUUGUGAUGCAGUAGUACGGUGUUCAUCUCCUGGUUGAACUGCCGGUUGUUUUUUUCACGGCACGGCCAGUCGAGAAAGUGUAAUCCCUUGUUAUUAUCUAUCUGUUGAAGCUUAAUUCCUCUAGCUUAUGUACUA